AUUUUCGCGUUGAUUCUAGAUUUCUCACUGUCUUUCCAGAUCUUCCGGUGUUUUCUAGUAUUUACGCAUGCGGGUAUAAAGGAGGAAUAAUUUUUUUAAAAUUUAGGGUAUCUAUUUCCGUUGUUGCAGAAUUUCUAAAUCAUGUCGCUGGUGCCUAGGGAUAACUUGAUGUCUCUGAUACCCGUGACCUUUAAUCAAACAGCGCUCAUCCCAAGUGAGGUUAAUAAGGUUUUUGAUGAGUUUCAGAAGGAAUUAUUCAAGUUGGACCCAUGGGAGUUUGACCACGACCCUUUUGACCUACAGCAUUUUGGGAAAAAUCUGUUGGAACUUGAGAAUCCUAUCGUGGAAGACAAAGCUGGAAACAAGAAACUGCACCUGAAAUUCGACUGCAGAGACUUCAAACCAGAGGAGAUCACCGUCAAAACGAUGGAUAAAAACAAGUUGACAGUACAUGCAAAACAUGUGGAAUCAGGACCCGAUAAAAAAGUGUACAGGGAGUUUACGAGGUCUUAUGUUCUUCCUGAAAGCGUGGACCCCGGGAAAAUGUCCUCCUCUCUCUCCUCAGACGGAGUUUUGUGUAUUGAGGCUCCUGUUCCGAAGAGUACCAAGGCCAUUAAAUCAUGACUUUCUUCGUGAAAUGUAGGCAUAGCAUAAUUUCAUGUUUUUGUGGAUUGUAAUAAAAAAAAUUGACGAUUUUUGGUAAGAAUUACCUGUUUUGUUGACAUUUUGCGCAUGUUUAUCACGUUACAGAAAUUCAUUAAAAAUGUGUGGCAUUCUU